CAACUCUGCUGUGCACCCUCACAGUUACUGUUACUUUACUCAAUCCACCCCUUUAGAUCAUGUCGUCAUACUCCGACAUGUGGCGACUUGCCACCCCCCCUCCCAGAUCCUCGAUCUCCUCUUCAACCUCCACCUGACGCGUCCACUUGAUCUGACCGCCGCUAUUCUUGCCCUGCUUUGGUCAUUCCAACACCUGCAAUGUCCAACACUGUCUCUCAGGCGUCGCUUCUAGCUCUGAAAGCAGUCACAGCGGAGCAUGAAGAGCGCUUUGAGAAAGAAGGACGCGCGGCCAAGCGUGGCGCCGUGCGCAUCAAAGCAGUCGACAAGAUCAAAGACCCCUUCCUCCGACCUUCACCGGGGCUUGUAAAGCGACUCGCUCGCGAGGCCCGCAACGAGGCAAAUAGGCGACACUUUGACGAUGAAGGGCCGAGUGACGAGCAGCGCCGCGCUAUCCUCGAGGCCAAGGCCAGGAAGUACGACGCACUUAAGCGCGGCGACCUUUCCGGCUUCACUGAGCGCGAGCUCGCCGAGGCGAACAUUGAUUUCACGCGCAACGAUGAGUGGUCUGAUCACUCCUCAGAUGUGGAUGAGUCGGCGAUGGAGCCGCGGCGAUGGGGGCAAGACGAAGUGGACACUUUCGAUGACAUGGAGCAAGUCGAGUACGUCGACGAGCUCGGGCGCACACGCUUUGGGACCCGACGUGAGGCCAAGGAGGCGGAGCGGGAACGACAGCGCUCCAGCCGCGGGCAGGCAUCGCAGCAGGAAGAUCGCGGGGAAGGUGCCUCCUACACCGAGGUUCAGCAGUCGACAAUUAUCCAUGGUGACCAGAAUUACUUCCCGGUGUAUGAACCGGACCCCGAGGCUCUCAAGAAGAAGUAUAUGGAGGCUGAGGCCGCGGCACGCGCACAUCACUACGACUCAACGAAGGAGGUACGCGUGCGUGGCGCAGGUGCGUACCAAUUCUCGCUGGAUGAGGAGAAGCGCGCGGAGCAGAUGGCGUCGCUGGAUGCGGAACGGCUCGUGACCGAGCGCGCACAGAGGGAAGCCACGAAACGCGGCGGUCUCAGUGCUGCUCGGCAAGCAUACAGUGACCGCAUCGAAGCUCGGCGUACGCUUGUAGAGGCCAAGCGGGCCAAGUUGCUGGGAGGUCCUAAGAAGCUGGAGGAGCUCCGGCAACAGCGGCGAGAGGAAGAAGCGACCAAGCUGUUGGAUGAUUUCGAGAUGCGCGUCGACCGCUGCGACUUCUCCGGCUACAAGGUCUACCCCUCGCGGGGUAAGGUCUACGUCCGCGGUGACUCGAAGACUUUCCGCUUCGCUGGCUCGAAGAGCGAGUCUCUCUUCCUCCAGCGCAAGAACCCCCGCAAGAUCGCUUGGACUCAGGUCUACCGCCGCAUGCACAAGAAGGGCAUCACUGAGGAGGUUGCCAAGAAGCGCAGCAGGAAGAACGUGAAGAUCCAGCGUGGCGUUGUCGGUGCCGACCUCGCGUCCAUCCUCGCCAAGCGCACUGCCAAGCCCGAGGUGCGCGCCGCCGCCCGCCAGGCUGCCAUCACCAAGGCCAAGGCCGCGAAGAAGGAGAAGGAGACCAAGAAGGCCUCGCGUCCCCAGGGCUCUGCCCAGCCCAAGGUCUCCAAGCAGGCCGCCAAGGGCGCCAAGGGUGGCCGCUAAUCGCUAUCGCUCUCUGUUGCACCGGGGAUGACUUGUAGGAUAUGCGGGCCGCGCAUCGAGCGAUGCACUGGUUUUGCCAUGCCCGCCGCGGCGGAGUGAGAGUCUACUGAUGACAGGGAGCGGGACGGUGUGCUCUGCGGUAUUGACGCAAAUCCGAGUCGUCCGCAGCGCAAAUGGAAGUCAGAGCCGUUCACGUCCUUUUCCAGCAUCACUCUUCUACGUUCUCCUCGGCUCAUCCAUUCGUCUCCACCCUCUCACCUCACAAACCUGCCUCCCAUCUUUCUUCCCGUUCUCACCCUGCCCAUCUCCACCGCAGCCCACAUAGACAGUGCCCGUUCGUCGCGUCCUACGACGACCGAGGCGAUCCGGUUAGCGAAGAGAACCAUAUACGUGUCGCUAAAGACCACAUGUCCCAGACGAGGGGGACAUGGGGGGGACUGCGAUCCGACAUUCCAUCGUAGUGUGGCUGCAGCUGAUGUAUUGCUGUCCUCUCUGUG